AUGAGGUUCGCACUGGCUCUUGUUGCUGCCGGCUUGGCCGCCGGAACAGACGCUCAUCCCAGUCAUCACCGUGGCGGCGCUACGGCGGCUCUUGACAAGCGCCGGAUUGACCUUUCCAAGUACCGCAUGGAUCAAGUCUCAGCCUUUGUCAACGCAGAAACCGCCCAUUCCUCGCCCAUUGUACGCUCCCUGGUCAAGCGGGCUGAUUACGUCCAGACCGCCAUCGAUGUCGUUAAGCGGGAGGCGCAGGGCGUCGAGUUCCGCGUCGUAGACGACCACUAUGUCGGCUCAAAUGGCGUUGCCCAUGUCAACUUCAAGCAGAUGGUCCAUGGCCUCGAUAUUGAUAACGCGAACUUCAACGUCAACAUCGGCCCCAGUGGUGAUGUCCUAAGCUACGCCAGCAGCUUCCAUAAGGGAGCUCUACCAUCCGAGUCGCCUUUCACGAAGCGUGCGUUCUCCAACCCCUACGAUGCGCUUAACAGUUCUAUCACCACCCUAGGCCUUCCCAUCCAAGUUGGGCAGGUCUCCUCUCAGCCAAAGCUUAGUGCGGGCGCCCUCGAGACCUACACCCUCACCGGUGCAACGGGCUCUGUCGCCGACCCCGAGGUCCGCCUUGUUUACCUCGCCAAGGGUAACAACGAUUUGAAGCUCACCUGGCGCGUCGAGACGAACACGGGUAACAACUGGUUGCGCUCCUACGUCGACGCCAGCAACACCAAAGACAUCUACGGCGUCGUCGAUUUCACCUCGGACUUUGCCAGCUACAACGUCCUGCCUUGGGGAGUAGCUGACCCUGCCGAGGGCGUCAGCCGCAAUAUCGAGAGUGAUCCUUGGUUAAUCAAGGCCUCGCCCUUUACCUGGCAGGGCGACGGCACCACAAAUUACACAACGACGCGAGGAAAUAACGUCGUCGUUGGUGCUAACCCCGAUGGUUUAGCCGAUGAGGACAACACGGCCUUCCUCGAACGCUUCCGACCAGAGUCGGCAGAGUUUGAUUUUAACUUCCCCUACGACCCAGCAGCGGAAGAUCCUAAGACGUACCUCAACGCUUCGAUUGUUCAGGCCUUCUAUACGAUCAAUCGUUAUCACGACGUGCUCUAUACCCUCGGCUUCAACGAAGCCGCUGGCAAUUUCCAGACGAAUAAUAAUGGCCGUGGUGGUCUCGACAACGACUCGGUCGUCGUCGACGUCCAGGACGGCGCCGGCUUUAACAAUGCUAACUUCCAGACCCCCGCUGACGGCGAGAUUCCUCGCAUGCGCCUAUUCCUCUUCGACCGCACUAAUCCCAUGCGUGACGCCGGGUUCGCUGCCGACAUCGUCAUACAUGAGUACACUCACGGCGUCUCGGGCCGCCUGACAGGCGGACCUGCCAUGAUCGGGUGUCUCGGUAGCUUCGAGGCCGCUAGCAUGAACGAGGGCUGGUCAGAUUUCUUCGCCCUCGCCAUCCUCACAAAGGCCAACGCAACGCGCGACACAGACAUUGCUAUCGGAAGCUGGUUGACCGGUGACUCGGCCAAGGGCAUCCGCCUUUUCCCCUACUCGACGAGUCUCGAGCGCAACCCGCUUACUUGGGCUGCCAUCAUGGCUAAGGAGCGCCCCAGCACGAACGACGUCGGCUCCGUGUGGGCCAACACGCUCUACGAGAUGAUGUGGAAUCUCAUCGAUAAGCAUGGUGCCACGGCCGACGAAAUCCCUGCCUUGGACGCCAAAGGAACACCCACGGCCGGCAAGUUCUUGGCUAUGAAGAUAGUCCUCGACGGUCUCGCCCUGCAAGGCUGCACGCCAUCAACUUUUACCGCACGUGACUCAAUUAUUGACGCCGAUAAGGUCCUUACCGGCGGUGAUAAUGAGUGCGAGAUAUGGCGUGCGUUUGCCCAUCGUGGCCUGGGCGUCGACGCCGUUGAGGACCAGAGCCUCCCGGCCAGGGAAGGGAGAUAUCAAGAUGGGUUUAAAAUUCCUGCUCAAUGCUGA